AUGAUGGAGGGUGGUGACAUAAACAAUUUUCUCUUCGACCAGGACGAUUGGCCGGAGGAAGAUUUCAUGAGCUUGCUGAAGAUGGAUGAUACAAUGCUGUUCAGCGAACCGUCCACCAACAAUGGCGGCGGUACGGACGAGCUGGACGAUAUUAUGCGACAGCUCAACUAUAGUUACUCCACCGAGACGUAUCUGGGCGAGCAACAGGUCACAUCACCGCUGUCGUCCCAUUCGUCCUCGGAUCAAGAUUUCCACGGAUUCCCAAGCACAACCGAUGGCGGCAGCAGUAGUGCGUCACUGGAUGGGUAUUUCGACGAGGGUUACGCGGUACGCAUGCAGGACUCUCCGCCCAUGAAGUCGGAACUAGCGAGCGUAGACUUCAACAUGCUAAACGUACUGGAACCGGGCAGCCCAACCGAACAAGGGGUCAUCUCUUCGGCUGCCUCUGACAGUGGACUGUCAAGCGAUCAUCUUGAUCUGGACCCGAACGCGGAAUAUGAGGCACUCAGUCCCGGUAUGUCUUCACCCGGUCCGUCCAUUAGUGAACGCGGUGGCCAGAAUUCACCGCCUCGUUAUAUGAAAACAGUCCAGAAUCAGGGCACGGAAACACCUCAAACUAUUCCACAUGUCCAGCUUGCUGCAUCGCAACCGGUCCUAACGCAAAUGAUAGUUACGGGCCAACCAACGACACAAACAACGGUACCGGCUCGUGCUGAAAAGUUGGUUACUAAAGCGAUUGUUACUAAUGCAACAACCGGCAUGAAUCCGCAACCGAUGAAAACUUCCCCGAGCAAAAUGUCUACGGCGACCGUGUACCAACAGUCGGCGGGAGUAAAAUCAUUGAUUAGCAACGGUCCCAAGAGGAUUUUUGCAUCGGCCAAUAGAAAUACCACGGUAUCUGGUGCCACGCCGCAGCAGAUCGUAAGCAACGGCAAAGAGCUCAAGAUAAUCCGUAUGGCAACGAUGAAAAACGGUCAAACGGUUGCAGUUGCCAGUGGACUUACGGCGGCCAGUACGACGACCAGUAACAAAAAGGUUACCUUGCAGUUGAAGAACUCAGCGACGAACAUGAAAACGGCCGGUGUCAGCGGCACGGUUAUUCCCAAGAAUGUGGUUCUGACUUCGUCGUCGGCUAAUUCGUGCAGCCCCGGCACCACCACCGUUCCCGGUGUGCGCAAAGUUAUCCGCAUGCAGCAGCAAACGCAACAGAAUGGACGCCAGAUACUUGUCCCGGUAACGAUUCAAGAUCUCCGAACGAUUAAGAUCGUCAACUCGAACAAUAUGAAGAAUAAGUCGGCCAACAUCAAGCUGGCUGCGGCUAACAUGCUGCAACAGUCAAAGCAGGGUCUAAUACAGAAGAACAUGGUGCUAAGCAAGGAUCAGCUGCUGAUUGAUGACGGUCUGUCGGACGCUGCGCCGAGUUCGUCCGAUUCGGAAAGCUACGUGUUUGAGGACAUCAUGGAGCAGAGUAACUCGGUGAUUGCCGAGGUAGAACGCCAGCAGAAGCAUAUCAUCAGCGAUUCCGACGUCGAACCGGACGGGGACGAUGGUGAUGAUGACGACGUCGAUAUGGAUGACAUUGGUAAAGGACGCAAUCAGAACGGAACGUACCAGAAGCUGAUGUUGACGGCGGAGGAGAAACGCCUGUUGGCGAAGGAAGGCAUCUCCCUACCGACCAGCUAUCCGCUAACCAAACACGAGGAGCGUGAGCUGAAGCGCAUUCGGCGAAAAAUUCGCAACAAAAUCUCGGCCCAGGAUUCACGCAAGCGCAAGAAGGAGUACGUCGACGGACUGGAGGAAAGAGUGAAACAGUGUACUGAAGAGAACCAGAAUUUGGUGAAACGAAUCAAGAUUCUGCAGAGCCAAAAUCACGACCUCGUUAGCCAGAUGAAACGCAUCCAGUCGCUGCUGACGAAGGGCACAAGUAAGACCACACAGCCUGCCACCUGUCUUAUGGUGCUGUUGAUCAGCAUGGCUCUCGUGGCCGUUCCAAACCUUAAGCUUGGAAACACGGCCACACAGCAAAACAUUCAAGACUCGAUAGAGAUGUCUGAGCUGAUGCAGGAAGUGGCAAACGAUAAGCUGCAGGUGCAGCAGAGUCGUCGCUCGUUACUAUUCGACACCAAGGAGCAAGCCCAUGGCAGCGAUGAGGAGUUGAACUUUGAGGAGAUCAUGUCCUCGUUCAACGCGAACUCGUUGAUCGCGAAUGAGCACGACUAUUUCAGCGAGGCUGAUGGUCGUUCCGGCAACGAACCACCCUCAGCGAAGCGCUCGAAGCUGAUGACCACCACACUUAUAGACUACGAUGUGGACGAUGACGUUUGGAACGGUGGAAACAAGAUCCGCAUCAAGCAGGAAGCGGCGGGAUCAAUGUCACCAGACAGCAGUACCAGUACCCUCGGCAGCAACAACCAGCUGUUUGAGCAGCAAGUGCGUUUAUUCCAGUCCACUUUGCAGAAGAGUAUUCGUGACGAAGAGAAUGUUGUGGCGGAUUUCGCACGGGACAACAUCAACAGCCAGGUGAUUGUGGAUCGCGAGUUGUUCGAUUUGGUCGGCAAGCACGAUAACGGAUUGUUGUACGAGAUGAACCACAAUACGUUCGCGGGUCUGCAGACGAAGGGCGUGAAUGAUGUGAACGGUAUCGAUCUGCUUGGUGGUGGAGUCCGUUCCGAACCAACCGUCGUUGUUAAUGCCGACUCGACAGCGGGUGAGCCGAACGAAGCACGAAAGGUGAACGCUUCGCAGCAGAUUCAGCAGCAAAACAACAAGCGUAAGUUGCUGCUCUAA